AUGGCAUACACAGUCCUACCGUUUGGUGCAACCAGUGCUUCUCAAAAGCGCGAGAACUACCCACUUCUCUUGUCAGACAUUGUCCGCGAUUGUACCGAUGCCAUCGAUUCACUCACGCUAUUUGACGAACUUUUAUCUUCUCAAAAGCACGAAAACGAUACGGCGGGAUUUAAAGCUUUCGACGGCCAUGUGGGAGAAACUGCCUGCCACAAUGCCCAAGCCAUCUGCUUAAAGCUCACUUCAGACAACACAUGUCCGAGCAGGCUCGGCUUCGGAUCAAAGUUCGAUGCAAUGGACAAAAUUAUUAGUUCGCUGGGUUGGACAGAGCCCGAAUACCACCCACCCUCCAACGAUUCCCAGAUUCCAGAGUGGGAUGUGGAAAAUCAGCACGUUGUCAUUCGAUAUUUGAUUGCAAUGUUCAUAUUGGGGAAGUACAGGCAGAGCUGCAAGUCCCCUACCCAAAACACCGUGAUCCGUCUUCAGCCUAAAGAUGCCGCUGCCUAUGCCUCACAGUUGAUUUCGUCAUUCUGGGAUCAAAAGAAUAGCCUAUACAAGGCAACAGGUUCCAAUCGGUUGGAUGUACGAUUCAAAUCCCUGCAAAAAUGGAUAUCAGCUCUCUCAUGUUCUUGGGUCCGGAUAUGGGCAGCAAAGCUUUCCUUCUCUGAAGUGGCACAGAGACUAGUCGAGAAUUCGAUAAAAAAGUCCCCUAAAGGUCACCUUGUCAUCGCCGCAUAUGUUGGAUUUCUUGUCUGCCGUCGUGCCUGGGCAGCAAACAAUUGGCCUAUGCUGUUGGUAGAUCGGCACUUCUGUUCCGAAGGCUAUCAUCUGAAUGCACACAUAGCAACGCUCCAGGGGCCAAGAACACCACAGGAUUUGGGACACCAUAUUAUCCCGCAACUUCACUGGGAGUUGACUCCUGUGACGUUUGAUGAGCUUCAGAAGUCUACCUUGACUCAUGUUCCGAUGAUUUGCAUCUUGGGUAACAGUAUUCAUGGUCCACACGAAGAAUAUAUCGCCAGAAUUUCCGAUGGGCCGCCAGAGAGCAGUUCCACGUCUCCUGCACCACCACAUACGCACGGUUCUUGUGCAGAAAAUAAAGAGCAUGAGGAAACAUUCAUCGGAAUGGAUCAUGAUCGCCUGUCUCAAGCAAUCCUUGCCGACCAUCGAGCCUAUCCAUUUCCAUUGUCAUCUCCCACAUCAGGAGAUGAUGACGGACUUUAUUUAUUGGAUAUCAUCCGCUCCACUUUACCUAACGACCUCGUUGACAGGUAUUUUCUCAAAUCAAGGUCAGAAGUCGAUAAUAUCGGAGGAGGAAGAAAGGACAUGGGUACCUUCCGCUGGGAACAUAUAUUUGCUGAAACUCCGGGGCGACUUGCUGAGAUGCUGCAGGGCAGCAUGGCCACCGGACUCUUUGCUUGA